AUGUCUGUGCUUACCUUCAUGAUAUCCGUGUCUAACCUCACCAAACCCAUGCUUACCCUCACCAAACCCAUGCUGACCCUCACCAUAUCCGUGCUUACCCUCACCAUAUCCGUGCUUACCCUCACCAUAUCCGUGUUUAACCUCACCAUAUCCGUGUUUGACCUCACCCGACUCUUGCUUACCCUCACCGUACCCGUGCUUACCCUCACCGUACCCGUGCUUAUCCUCACCAAACCAGUGCUUAAUCUCACCAAACCCCUGCUUACCCUCACCAUAUCCGUGUUUACCCUCACCAAACCCGUGCUUACCCUCACCAUUUCCGUGUUUGACCUCACCCGACUCUUGCUUACCCUCACCGUACCCUUGCUUACCCUCACCGUACCCGUGCUUACCCUCACCGUACCCGUGCUUAUCCUCACCAUACCAGUGCUUAAUCUCACCAAACCCGUGCUUACCCUCACCAUAUCCGUGUUUACCCUCACCAAACCCGUGCCUACCCUCACCAUAUCCGUGUUUGACCUCACCCGACUCUUGCUUACCCUCACCGUACCCGUGCUUACCCUCACCGUACCCGUGCUUACCCUCACCGUACCCGUGCUUAUCCUCACCAUACCAGUGCUUAAUCUCACCAAACCCGUGCUUACCCUCACCAUAUCCGUGUUUACCCUCACCAAACCCGUGCUUACCCUCACCAUAUCCGUGUUUAACCUCACCAAACCCGUGAUUACCCUCACCAUACCCGUGUUUAACCUCACCAUAUCCGUGCUUUACCUCACCAUAUCCGUGUUUAACCUCACGCUACCCGUGAGUACUUGCCUGAAACUUGUACAAUUACAAGAGUAA